GCUUUUCCCACUGCGCCAUGGGAGUCCUCCGAAAGAUCAGCCUCAGCUCCAGCGAGGGUGGGCUUCCGCUCUUGGCCGAUGGCUUCAAAGAAGUCCUGGAUACCAAUGCCAUGGUGGGCAUGAUCUUCUUCGAAGUGGCUGGUGGACCAUAUGGCGCAGAGCCGGUGGUGCGAAAAGGUGGAGCUGUGCUGAGCAUUCUGGGAUUUCUGUUGAUUCCUUUGAUUUGGUCCUUACCCAUCGCAGUGAUGACAGCUGAACUCUGUAGCCAUGACCCACACGUUGGUGGGAAGAUCCAUUUCGUCCAUAAAUCUUGGGGCCCAUGGGUCGGCUGGAUGAAUGGCUGGUUCAACGCUGUGAGCAACGUCUUUGACGUAGCCACUCUGCCCGCCAUGGCUAUGGGAUAUUUGGAGACCCUGCUAGGCGUUGCUCUUUCAGAUGAUGUGCGAUGGUGGACAUGUUUCAGUCUCAUUUGGAUGGCCGUGGUGACCAACGUUGCCGGUGUCGAUAUCGUCGGAAAGAUAUCAUAUGCUGUUUGCAUUUUGGUGUGUUCCCCACCUUUGCUGCUGGUGGUGCUUGGUGUGCCUAAGAUGGGCACAUUGCCUAGCACCAACUGGCAGGAGAUUCGUUGGCUGCAUUUUUUGACAUCCUUGAUGUGGAACACUUCAGGUUUCGACGAUGCUGGCGCCUCUGCGGCGGAGAUCAAAACGCCUUCAGAGAUCUACCCCAAAGCGCUUGGAAUCUCUGUGGCUCUGGUCACAGCUCUGUAUGUGUUGCCCAUCGCAGUGGGAGUGGCGCUCGAACCUGAAACUCGCCUCUGGCACGAUGGCUUCCUUGCCACCAUAGGUGAACGUGUAGGAGGCCCCGCCUUGGGCGUGUCUUUGUCUUGUGCUGGUUUCAUCUCUUCUUUAGCGCAGCUCAACGCACUGCUUUGCACCUCGGUGCGGGAAAUCAUUUGCCUUUCAGACCAAGAGGGUCAGCCAGUGGUGUUUGGCCUGCUAUUGCUGGGCACCUUGAAUUAUAACUUCGUUGAACUUAUUGCAGCCACUGUGAUUUUCGAUUGCGUGAGUUUUUUGAUCCAGUUUGCGACAUGGAUCCGCUUCAGGUACCACGAACCUAACGGGGACGUGGGCGACGCCUAUCGAGCUCCCUUGGGCUUUAAAGCAGUGCUACUGUGGAGCUUAGGACCCAUGGUCCUUUGUUCUUUGGUUCUCUACCUGACCCUUUCGGCCGGUGGAGAUGCAUUGUACGGCACCAUCCUCGCCUACAUCACAGGAGAAGUGUUGUACCGCAGCUACCAGCUCUGGCGAUGGUGGCGCACCAGGUCAAGUCCCAGUGCUGGAUGACCGGACAAAAACAAAGGAUCGAUGUUCAGCUGCCAGGGGAAGGGGUGUUUUGUGAUUCCUGGAUUCGUUGUUUCAUACUUU